AAAGAUGACACAAGUGAUCCUCGCGUGUAACCUGCAGGGAGCGCCGCCCCCCGCAUACCAGAGAAACCGCAUGUUCGCCGCGAUUGUAGUGGGUAAUAAGCCUUGAAAUUAAAGCGCACAUCAGUGUAUUGCUGUGCCGAGACGAGAGGUGCGGAACCAAGGCAGCAAGCACUCUUAUUCCAGUGCCUUCUGAGACGGCAGCGGGACAGACUGGCGCUUGGAAUAAGGCGGCAUUAAUAAAGUGUGUCGUGCAGAAUUGCAGAAAUGAAGACAUACAUAAUCUUUAGUGUGAUUCUGAGAUGUGUUUUCUCACAAGAAGGAGAUGAAUCCAUCACAUAUACACAGUGCACUGAUGGGUAUGAAUAUGAUCCAGUCAGACAGCAAUGUAAAGACAUUGAUGAAUGUGGCAUAUUUGUGGAUUCUUGCAAAGGAGGAUUGAAGUGCUAUAACCAUUAUGGUGGAUAUCUCUGCCUCCCAAAAACAGCAAACAUAAUUGUGUCACCACCACCAGCACCUGCAGACACUACCACUACAAGGAACCCAAACUUACCAAGGCCUGUGCCAUGCGCAGUAGGGUUUGCUCUAGAUGAACAGAACAAGUGCCAAGAUGUAGAUGAAUGCCAAACAGGAACUCACAACUGUAGUCCUGGGCAAACUUGUUAUAACACAAGAGGUUCAUUUACUUGUCAAUGCCCCCCUGGAUAUCAGAGACAUGGGGACCAGUGCAUAGACAAAGAUGAAUGCAGCCAGCCCCCUUAUUGCCUUCAUCGAUGUGUGAAUACACCUGGUUCUUAUUACUGUCAGUGCAACACAGGCUUUCAGUUGGCAAGUAACAAUCACACUUGCAUAGAUGUCAAUGAAUGUGAAGUAAAUAAUCCCUGCCAGCACCAGUGCUAUAACAUCAUUGGUUCAUUCAUGUGCCAGUGUGACCAAGGGUAUGAACUCAACAGGGAUCUUACAACAUGCAGGGAUAUUGACGAGUGCAGUUUUUCAAGUUAUAUGUGCCAGUACCAGUGUGUAAAUCAGCCUGGAUCCUACUCCUGCAUCUGCCCUGAAGGAUAUCAAUUACAAGGAACAAGAAUGUGCAAAGAUAUAAAUGAGUGUGAAACAGGAACAGGAAAUGUCUGUGGAGAGGAUGAAAUGUGUUGGAACUAUUAUGGUGGUCAUCGGUGUUAUCCAAGGAACCGCUGUGAGGAACCAUACAUUCGUACAGCAGAAAACCGCUGUGUCUGUCCCUCAGGAAAUAUGCUCUGCAGGGGUCUGGCACAUUCGAUUGUCUAUAAAUAUAUGAGCAUUCCCUUAGACAGAGCAAUACCAGCAGACAUCUUUCAGAUUCAGGCAACCAAUAUCUAUGCAAAUACUAUCAACACCUUUCGGAUAAAAUCUGGAAAUGAAGGGGGAGAGUUCUUUCUCAGGCAAUCCAGCAAUGUCAAUGCCAUGCUUGUUUUGGUCAAACCUGUGACUGGACCGAGGGAGUACAUCGUUGACCUUGAGAUGAUCACAUCCAACACUCUUCUCAACUAUCGGUCGAGUUCCUUGUUAAGGCUGACAAUAAUAGUGGGACCAUAUCCAUUUUAAUCACAAUGUCACAAAACCAAAAAACACAGUAACACUAACAAGUAUUCAAGACUUUGUGGUUUUUAUAUUGGUAUUACUUUAUUUUUAGGGGCAACUAAGAAACAUGCUGAUAUACAGUAGUAAUUAUUUCAGAUAUUACAGCUCCUGAUUUACUUUAUCUGGAAAUCUGAGACAUGUCCAAUUAACAAAUGAUGUUUUUGUAAUUUUAUGUUGGAAGGUAUGUUGAUUUUGACAUUUGUAAUCGGUAGUUGUAGCUGCUGCUUCCUCUAGGCAAUGCAUCACUGGAUCAUGGUAUAGAUCCAUCAGCCUGUAUACAAAAUAGCAAUAAUUUUACAAAGAUUUUUUAAAAGUUACUUGCAAGCAACUGUGUCAUCUUAAUAUCGAUUUUAAUGUACAUUUUGGUGUACAUAAUGAAGUAGACAAUUUUUACAGAUUGAUGUCUAACUGCUUUUAAAAUCAUUAACUUGUGAUUUGUGUAUAAAUUCUUAUGCAUUUCAUGUUUGCAUAACUGAAUUUACUACGCUGAUGGAAAGAAAAUGCUUUGUUGUUAUUAGAGCUUGUUUUGAACCAGAGCUAAAAUUACAGCUUUGAAGCAGAGUGCAACAUGUAAGUCUAAAUAAAUGUCAAAUGUUGGUGUUAGUGUUACCAGCUCUAUCACUUAUAGUUAAAAUUGCACAAAAUGAACAAAUGAUAUCAGGAACUAAGGUAUUAGUUUUAAGAAAUGAUUCAUCUGUUCUUCAGCUGAAAAAAGGCAAUUACUUACAUGUUAGCGACAAACGUUUUUCCACAUGUCCAUUGAAAAAGUGUACAGUAAAUACUGCUUUAGCUGGCACCUACAAAGUAGCCCAAUUUCUAACCUGUCAGUUUUGUAGUAUGGUGUUUUACAUGACAAUAUCAUGAUAUCAGCUCACUCAUCUAUGACUUUCUGUCUAGGCUGUUUUAAUGCCAUGUCACAUUAUUCAACUUUUCCAAGUGAUUUCCAGUCAUAGCUUUCAUUUACAUAAUUUUAGCAAGUCAGAGGAAGUUGGAGAAAUGCACCCAUGAAGUCAGUCAUGUAACAUGCAGUGUAACCAGUCUGCGACUUACUCAGACAAAAUCAAACAGGUAGGAGUGACUCUGUGUACAUGAGAGUUGACAACCAAUGAAUGCUCAUCUGGAAGGACAAUGCAUAUAAUGCAGCAACAAGGAAUAAGCAACGCAGGCGUUUUGGACUACACAAACAGAAGAUGUCCGAUGUCUUGUGUUUUUUUGUACCACAACAGAAUGGAAAAAUAGAAAAAAGGGUAGAGAUUGCAGUUGAACUAACCAUAGCUGUUGACCCUUCAUACAGCAUCGGCUACAUCAGACAGUACAUUAUUGGCUGUCAGAAAAUGGGUUGAACACGACUGUGCUAGAAGGUCGGCACACAGUCAGUAAAUGUGACGGGGGCAGUAAUUUUCAGUCGUUUAAACUGACAUGGCCCAGUGACAAGUCGUGACAUAUCCUAUGACUAGAAGCCGUGUAAUAUGACAUUGGCUUUACUUGCUGAUGGCCCCACUAACUUUGGUGCCUGUGUUUUCACUUGGGAAGUGUUCAGAUCGCCCAAUGGUUAGGGCAUUGACAUCCUGGGUGUAAAUUCUGUGCCCGAUCUGUAUGUCUAUAGCGUUUCUACAUUCUUGCCAUGUGCCUUUGUUUUUCUCCCGAUAUUUCAGUUUUCCACCCACAUCAGAAAAAUUUUUGCCUGUUAGGUUAAAAAUCAAAUCUAACAAUUUAAUCCGAGUGAGUGUAAGUGUGUGCGUAGGCCCUGCAAUAGGGUCCCACCGCACCCAGGGCUGGUUUCUACUUUGCACCCAGUGCUGCCAGGAUGGGUUUCUGUGGAUUUAAGAAUGCUAUGCUACUUCUGAUAGUAUCUUUUUCUUUUUAGCCCACAAAACCCCAUGGAUGUCACAUUGUAAUUGGUUCCAAAGUUUAUAGACUGGCACCAUCCUGCUCUUGAAGGUGCUGUUUAUUGCAGUUUCUACUGUACUUUCUAUAAUUUUAAUAAGGCACAGUAUUGAUGUCCUGAACUGUCCAUAUGUAACACAGUUAAGAAAAUAAUUUGAAAUCUGGUUAGACUUCUUAAAUUUUGAGUUUUGAAGCCAAAUAUCUUCAUAAAAACGAUAUACUGUUUUAACAUGCAAUUUUAUGCUCUCUGAUUCUCGAUCUGUUAGUCUGUGAAAGGCUCAGCUUUUGUCAUCUUCAUUAGCAAAUGUCCUGUUGAUUCAUGAAAGGCAGGCCAUUUAGGAACGCAUGAAGUGUUUCAAAGUAUUUAUUGCUGCAUGCCAAGGAAUGCAGAAAAUUGGAAAAAUGUUGAACAGUUGAGCCAACAUGCACCUUUACAUUUAUUAUACACAAGCUUUGCUAAGGAUUGUUUAUAUAAGAUAAAGACAUGAUAUAAUAAAAUAUCAGGUUUCAAGACUGAAGUCAUACCUAUCAAGUACAGUAUCUUGUAACUCUUUAAUGUUAUGUAAAAUCCACACAGAAGGCUUAGGUAUUUUCUGCAGCAAACACUUGAUACUUUUACAGGGGUAGCAUUUAUUAAGUGAUAAGAACUGUUUGGUAUUUGCUUUGGAUUAAAAAGGAAUGCGGAUUCACAUUCAUAAGUUCGUGGGUUUUGGCGAUUAGCUGCAUUCUAUUCAUUUCAAAGCACUGAGCCCCAUGCCGAUGCUUAAUUGGAAUCGUUUAAACACAGUGGCUCAUUAUACAGUAUAUUUUGGUAAAGCUCUUACAACUUGUGGUUUUCUGUCACAAAUAAAAACGAGAGAGUCAAACACAUGUAAGGAAAGAAGGAAUUAACUUUUACUUGGGUCCUGCCCAUGGUGUAACCCCUUGUUUCGCAAAGUGUUGACUCUGAAAAGGCUGAUGUGUUCUUACAAAGAGGUAAGCCUCACAAGUGGAUGGAAAAAGAAUCUUCUUGAAAAUCUAAAAACACCACAUGUUUUUGGAAUUAAGUAUUUGCUGAAUAUUUUACAAUAGUCGGUUCUUUUCUUGCAAUAGUGAUUUUUUUCCAAAGGUGCCUUAUGUGUAAAUUCUGUCACCAUGAUUUCCUAAAACAUACACCAGGCAUGAUAAAAUCACAAAGUAAUUAUGUUUUGACCAGUGUAAUUCUUUUUUUGUUUUGUAUUUUUACAUACCAAAAAUUGAUACUUU